CAAACUCGCAAGCACUUCUCACAAACCAUAAAUUAUUUGUGCUUCCACCCAAGCUUCCAAAUAUUCAAACCUUUCGUCAUCUUUGUCAUUCGUGACUACUCAUAAGUCAAAUUAAACAAUACAUCAAUCAACAUGCCUGGCCAAAUCGCAGCACCGAUCCCGGUUACGCCGCCGCGCAAGACCAUACGCCUUAGCACUACCACAGACCUCUUCACCAGCCUGAAUGCUAGCCUUACUACUAAGGAAAGCAAGCGAGCUGCCCCCAUCCGCACCAUCUCAGAGCGUGACUGGGAUGUUCCGGCUCCGCCACCUCCGAGCCCAGUGAGCUUCCACCCUGAUCACUGGCAACGGGCUUUGCAUAACUGAUCAACGUCUUGGACGUGAUCAAGCAAAUCUAUAUGAGGGAUGUUCAACAUAACAUCAUAUA